UCAUGCUGCUGCCAGGUCCAGAGUCUCUCAUGGGUCCCUGUACGGCCUCCCAUUGCUGCUGUCUCCAUCGCCACACUCUGCCAUGUGCCACUUUCAGGUCUCCUCACACUGCUGGUGGGUUCCAUUUUGUCAUAGGGUGCUGGCAGAUUACGGGCCCUCCCAUUGCUGCUGCCAGGCCCGUAAUCUGCCAUGGGCCCCUGUACCGCCUCCUCAUGCUGCUGCCAGGUCCAGAGUGUCUCAUGGGUCCCUGUACGGCCUCCCAUUGCUGCUGUCUCCAUCGCCACACUCACUCUGCCAUGUGCCACUUUCAGGUCUCCUCACACUGCUGGUGUGUUCCAUUUUUUGUC